AUGAAGGCUUCGAUCAAGUUUCGCCAAGACCAGAAGCCGCUGUUCCGAGCCAAGGUCCCCCUCAACGUCCUAGGGCUUCCGUUUCAGUCCGGCGUCGUUGCCGGCGAGUCCAAAGAGCUGUCCCUGAAUCUCGGCACCUUCUUCGAUUCCGGUCCCGCUGUGAAGUUCGCUUACAGACCCAAUGACUCGUUGAACCCGUUCAGCAUCGUUUUUAAAACAGGGAUUGGGCAUUUCGGCUCGCCGAUUUCUAGCCCCAUGGUCAUGAGCGCCGAGCUCAAUCUUGUCGGAGACAAAAACCGACAACCUAGCUUCUUCCUCCACUUCAAGCCUCGGUUCGGCGAUUUCUGUCUUAAGAAGUCGCAAUCGUCCAACUUCGUGAAGGGUAUUAAGUCAAAAAUGAAUCGUGAAGCGCACUCGGAAGAAGAGAGAUCUACAGAGAUGAUCGAGACCCCGCCGGCGGUGAAUUCCAGUUACUUGACGGAUAACGGCCUGUCAGCCGGCAAAAAGAUUGGGGCUCUCCCAUCGGAGUGGUCGCCGGCAAGCUUGGUCGCGGGGUUGUUGAGCGGCACGGAAGCCAGCGCCAAGACCGCCCUGCCGUUGAUGAACCGGGCGGUGCUGAAUUUCCGGUGGGGCUUCAGGUUCCCGGCUGCGGAGGAGCCAGCGGGGCUAAGGCGAAAUGAGGCUGCUGGGAUUUCGUUCGAGAAGUUCCCUGUGCUCGUAAUGAACAAGAUCGGGAUUGAACACGUGACGAAUGAGGAUUCAGAAGAAGGUUCCGCGAAGGAGGUUCCGAUUUCAAAUUCACUCGGAAGUAACAGUGUCGUGGAGAUGUGUUUAGCGGUGAAGAAUCAAUUGGAGGUUGUAAAAGCUGAGAAUGAGAUGCUGAGAAAAGCCAUGGACGAGUUAAGAUCAGAAUUUGUCGCCGGAAAGCCGCCGUUAUCAGCCGGCGAAAAGAAGUCGACGGAAUUGAAUGGAUUGAGUGGAAAGGCAACUGAAGGCAACCUCAAAGAGGAGCUGAAGAAGCAUUGA